AUGAUGAUGAACAGCGAGGAGAUCGAGAUCAACGAAUGGCUGGACCUGGAUCAAGCAGACGAGGAUAUCGGACUACUCCAGUUCAACAACGACUACAACAACAACAGCAACAGCAACAACCAACGCUUCUCAUUCGACUCAACCUUACCCCAGUUCACCCUCAACCAACACCAGCUCAUCCAACCCACCAAUCACCUCCCUAUCAUCUCACUCGACCCUUCAACCAUCCUCAACUAUCCCACCUCAUCCUCAACUUCCCAAAUCGAUCAUCCACAGCGCUCAAACACAACAUCAACAUCAACGACGACUACGACUACGCCGGCGGCAGCAGUAGCCAACUCAUCCACACCAGCCACCCAACUCAACCAGUUCAACAACCCAGUCUCAAUCCACCAUAACCACAAUAUAUUCGAUCGACCAGCCGAUCACCAUCAAUUCCCCACUUACGCCUUGGAUCCAGCCUUACUGACGGCCUCGAUCCCAUCUCAUCAUCGAACCAACCCCAUCAACAACAACGAGAACAACAAUUGCAGCAGCGGAAAUAGCAGCACCACUGUAAACAACAGCUCUGCUUCAACCCCUCAGAUCAAUCAACUUCACCAACAACCAGAAUGCCCCAAGCCAUUCUCAAAAAACCUCGAGUUGAAAAUCACCCUGCCCAGGCGCUCUCCCUCCUCCCAUCCCUCCUUCAAGCAGGAGGAAGAGGAGGAGGAUGGCGAUAGUCAAGAUCAACGAUCGGUAACCAUCAGGAGCUCACAUUCCCGCUCCUCCUCGGCGAUCAACUUCGGCCAACAACCCACGCCUUCGUCCCCCGUACCGCCGUCCCAUAAACGUACUCUUUCCCACUCUCAUCCAUUGGUCAACGUGCCCGAAUGGGAGGAUAAGCCGAGUGCGGAGGAGUACAAGAUGUUGAGUAGCAAGGAGAAGCGUCAACUGCGUAACAAGAUCAGUGCACGCAACUUCCGCCACCGUCGAAAACAGCACAUCUCUGCACUUGAGCAACAGGUUGCUCAGCGGGACCAGACCAUCGAGGCCCUCUACAACGACCUCGGUGCAGCCCAGAACGAGAAUAAGGAACUCAAAUCGCAGGUCGAACUACUCAAACAAAAGUGGUCCGAUCUCAUGAAGAAGAUCGAGGAGAUGUCCCUAGGCUCGAUCUCCCCCGCCGCCCCUACCUCGAUCACCACCACAACCAACACCUCAGCCGCCGCUCAAUCUACGAGCGCCUUGCCCGCCUCACCUCGCCUGAGAUCCGCCAAGGCUAAUGCGAUGAUCCCCUUGCCCAACUUGCACAAGGAUCUUGGCAGCCAUACCAGGAAACCAUUCAAUGGGGUCGGCGGUAUGGCUGGAGGGAACGUCGGAGUACACACCACGCUUAUUCCAGACGUCCUGGUUGACGUUUACAAGGGCCCGAUCGGAUCACGCUUGGAUCCUGGUCGUCGCUCGGGGAUAUUCGAAGAAGAAGAAGAAGACGAAGCAGCAGAAGAGAACAUGUCACCUCAAGCGAUGCUCGAACAGAAGCUCGACCAACAAGGUUCGAAGCACUCGGUUGAUCGAUGCAAUGGGAGAGAGCUAGGGCAGGCUUGGAAACUGUUCCCUAGCGAUCGACGAGGAGUGACGAGCGAUGAGCUCAUCGAGAAGGCGCGUGGCAUCGGGCCGGGUGUUCGAAGCGAGAUCGAAGGGCCCUCGGAGGGCGAGGUGAGGAGCCGAUUGUGGCAGAUGGUCUAUGAGGCCAUGCGUCCGGAUAACGAGAUCAACAACAACGACGAGGCUCUUAACAUUGACCCUUACAAACUCGCUGCUUGUCUCGACGGCCGCCUCGUCCUCAAGCUCGUCGAACCCGCCCCUCCUCCCUACCCCUUCCUCAACUCUUCCGCUUCCUCCGUCGACCUCCUCGCCACUCGUGUCGCUAAUUCUCUUUCAUUUCUUUUCCAUCGUCUGCUCAUUAGUACAUAG